AUGACAGGAUCAAAAAAGGGGAAAAAAAGGUCAAAAUUAAAGAAAGAGCAAUUGCUAGACCAAGCACCAAUUGAUUUUGAUAAGUUUUUCCUUUCUUUUGUGAAAUGGAAACCUGAAGUCAUUAAAUGUGUUAUGUCCUAUAUUAGGAGUGAUUGUUUGCAUAUAUUCUUAGAUUGUGAUGCUUUAGUGCCAUUUAUUUUACCAUAUAUCAACAAACACGUUCAAAUUUAUGAACACCCUAUAAAUAUUACUGGACCAUUAGUCUGGAAAACUUUUCAAUUGGAGUACACAAAAAUGAUACACUUAUCUAUGAGUAAACUAAAGGAACUUAUGGAUAAAUAUAAAAUUUGUCCGAAUGAGGCUACAAUUUAUGUGGAGGAUAGUGUUAAUUUUACAAUUGAUCGGAAAGGUAACAUUCGAAAAGAUCCAGAGAACGAGGAUGAAGAUGACUAUGCAUAUCGUGAUAGAGUACAAUUCUAUGAAAAGCUUGAUAAAUGGUGUUUAUAUCAUCAGGAAAUUUUAGGAAAAGUGAAGAAUUGGAGACUUGAAGAUAAAAUUUAUCAAAGAGACGGAGCCAAAUUCCUUUCCAAACUAAAUUCGUAUAUGAAUUUAAUGUCAAUUGAUGUCGCGCUACCACAAUUUGACAAUGAUGUUGAUCCUGAAGCCCAGAAGGAAAUAUUAAAUUGUAUUCCCAAUUCAGUUUCUGGUCUUUCCUUUGAUAUGAAGGAUGAGUUGACAAGUUUUAAUUUUCUCAGAUAUUCAUAUUUAAGGAAGUUGGAGUGUCCAAUUUUUUACCGGGAUCAUAUUAAUUUAAUUCCUCCUAGUGUUGAGUCGUUGAAUAUAUACGUAUAUGGUGAGGCUGAAGUUACAUUUUUAGACACGGACAAAGUUCCUCCCAACUUAAAACAGUUUACAGUUGGUACUGGAUAUGGAUUUCCCAAUAUUGCAAUUCUCAUUAAACAAAUGAAUAAAUUGGAAUGGUUUGAAUAUUGUCAUGAUAGCAAAAUUACUAAACUCGAGUCUUUGUGUUUGCCCCAUUCGAACAUCACUAGUUUAGUUUUCCAAUCAUGUGUCUUUAAUGACUAUUCAUCAAUUAGGAAAUAUAAAGCCUUGAAGAGAUUAUGGAUCCUUCAUUCAAAUUUCCCGAGAAAAUUAUUUGUUUCAGUAGAAGAUUUUCCAAAUUUGCAAGAGUUUAUAUUUCUGCCAAGAAGUAUGGUCUAUUAUAACCCUCGUUUCUGUGUUGAACCCCCAGCGUCAGAGAAUUCAUCUACUGUGUUGGAUGAUAGGUUGGUAUUUCCACCAAAUUUGGGUAUUCUUCAAAUUGAUGGUGAUUUAACUAUCAAGACAUUGAAUCUUCCAAAAAAGUUGAAUGCUUUAACAUUAGGAAGCUCAAGAUUUCCCAAAGGAAUCCGUUUCAAGCUUCCAGACUCAAUAAGUCUUUUGCAAAUAACAGGAACAACUGUUAAGAGUAUGAACGGAUUUCAUUUCCCUACCAAUUUAAAAUAUUUAGCUAUUUGUGGUAAUGGGUUAUUGAAGUCCAUGACGAAUACCAAUUUGAAGAGUCUCAAACACUUAUAUUUUGUUGAUUUUAGAGGAACAACAAUUGCUAAUCAAGAUAUGCCUAGUGAGACCAACAAGUACAAGUAUAAUAGUUUCACUGCUCCAAUCGAAGAUCGUGGAUAUGGAUAUUAG